AAACCAUAGCAACAUUGAUCUCAUCAAACGUCAAAAAAUAGUCAAUUUUUCUGAUAAAAAAAAGCUAAUUUAUUGCAAAAAUAAAGUGAACAGGACACUGAAAUUGUGAAACACAUACUCAAAAUCGCGUGACAAAGUGAAAUUAUUAAUAUUCAGUGACACAAAACGACUGUGAAGUGUUAAAAUGACCCCGAUUUGCUGAUACAGUUCCAUUGACUGUAAAUAGCUGGUAAUCAUGGCGUCGGUGUGGAAGCGGCUGCAGCGCGUGAACAAGCGCGCGGCGAAGUUCCAGUACACCGCGUCGUACCACCGCGUUGAUCUCGAGACCACGCCUAAAUGGAAACCUAACAAGCUAAGCGUGGUGUGGACUCGGAGGUCUAGGCGCGUCGUGACCGACCCGCUCGAGUGGGAACCCUCACUUAAAGAUCCUCUCAAGGGUUCAGUGAUAUACCCGGUGCCCGAGAACCGCACGGUCGCCGUCACGCUGUUCAAGGACUCGCGCACCAACGAGCUCGAGGACAAGGACUGGACCUUCGUGCUUGAAGAUGUGUCGGUGACGGGCAAGCGUCGGCGCCUGGCGCUGUGCUGCAUCAACAUGCGCAAGUACGCGAGCCUGGAGCCGUCGCAGCGCGGCCUCACGCUCACGCUGGAGCCCGUCAGCCACAAGAUCGCCGCCGCCACGCUCACGCUCACGCUGCACUGCGUGCUGCUCAGGGAGGGGCAGGCCACAGACGAAGACAUGCAGUCCCUAGCCAGCUUGCUGUCAGUCAACAACAACUCCGACAUCGCCGUGCUGGAGGACCUGGACGAGGAUGACUGCACGUUCUCUGAUAACUCUACUAGACAGAUGCUGAACCUGCGCCAACAAGUGGAAGAGAUGACCCAAAGUUUAACAAACAGUGACGUGGCAGCCACCCCAAACAGCGUCCAAAGCCUCAACUUCGACAACUCCCGCACGCCCACAGCACCCAUGUCACCGGAAGCCGCCUCCACACCAGUACCGGAAGACCCCCCGCCCACCCUCACCAACUUCACCAACAUAAACUACACCAAUUACAUCAAACCCGAGCCGAAGCCGCCGCAAAUCGACACCAGUUUGGAUUUAAAGCCGAUCGUGUUCAAGCCGAAGACUAUCGCGAAGAGGAAUCUGAAGCCUUUGGAGUUGAAGACCAAUUUGAAUGAUAUCAAUCUGGAUAGGAAUGAUGAGAUGGAUGAUGACAGUGAUAAAACUCCGACGGCUGAUAUGGAGCGGCUGUUCCCGGGCAAGAUCGAUAAAGACAAGACGCCGGUGCAGGACCUGCUGGAAUGGUGUCAGUCGGUGACGCGAGAGUACAAGUCGUGUCGCGUCACCAACCUCACCACCAGCUUCCGCUCCGGUCUCGCCUUCUGCGCCAUCAUACAUCGCUUCCGGCCUGAUCUCAUCGACUUCUCGGGCCUGCAGCCGGACGAGGCGGAGACGAACCUGCGCACGGCGCUGGAGGCGAGCGGCACGCUGGGCAUCCCGCAGGUGCUCACCGCCGCCGACGUGUGCGCGCGCGCCGCGCCCGACAAGCUCGCCAUAAUGACUUACCUGUUCCAACUGCGCGCGCAUUUCACGGGGAGCGAACUUCAGGUCGAACAGUUGGGUAACGACGAGACGGAGUCGUCGUACCUAGUGGGCCGGCACGACACGGACUGCUCGCUGCCGCCGGAGCUGUUCAGCCGCGAGGUCAGCGCGCGCCGCUCCCGCGCCGACCGCACCCAACACGCCCCGCGACCCGCCUCUUCUGAAUCCCAAGACAUCCGUCUCUCUCAAACCGCCCCGGUCGUGCCUCCCAAUGGGUCCCCAGCCCGGGAUGUUCGCGGUCUCCUACUGCACCAGUCCAAGGCUCUGCUGGGCAAGGUGCUGUCUCCAGCGAGAGAUCCGCGCCCAUCCGCCAAGUGGUUUGCUGAUCCUCUGAAAUUGAACGAGCCGCCUCCCGCCCGCCCAGAGAAGUUGAUGACCCGCAAGGAGCUGACGGACCCGUUCGGCUCUGAUGAUGAAGAGGACCCGCCGCCUGAAACUCAGAACCAACAACAACAGAACGUCGUACAACAGAAUGUACAACAACAGAAUCAACAAGUCGUGCAGAACAACGGGAACGUCGAACCCGAGAAAGAAGAACAAAAGCCACCGACAAUCGAGCCGGCAAUAACAGACCCUCUGACGCAGCCGGAAGAGCGCGUAGAAGAGCAAACACAAGAAUUACCAAAGCCGGCGCCGCAAUUGAUAUCGCGGCACGACGAGUUGAAAGAGCGAGCGAGACAGCUGCUCGAGGCUACUAAGAGGGAAGCGAGAGAGAAAGAGAGAAUUAGAAAACAGAAUUCAAAAGAGGAAGCCAAAGUAGAGGCCGUAAACGGUGUUAGGAAUGGAGAUGCAAGCCCUAAAAAGCCGAUGACAGAGGAGGAGCGACAGGCGAUGUUGCGCGAGAGAGCGAGAAAGCUGAUCGCAGACGCGAGAGCUGGGAUUGUCAGUCCGACGUCGCCGCUGUCCCCGUCCCGCUCGUCCCGCGGCGGCACCGUCGAGAUCAUCAGCAAGCAGUCCGUCAUGGAGGAGCUGGCUGCUGCGGGUGGCGUGGAGCAGCUGGAUGCCCUGCUAUCCCGGACGGACUCCAUACCGUCGAGUCCUGGCUCCAGGAAGGGCUCCGUCAGUCCCGACAGAUCUGAGGAGCCUCACAGCGAGGACACGAAGAGCGUGAAGAGUGUGUCGCCCACACGAGACGACAGCAGGCGCUCGCCGCUGCACUCCUUCUCCGCGCUCGUCGACAGGCUCACGCCCGACAAGGACCUUGGAGACGAGGGCGGCGCGUGCUCGUACCUGGCGGGCGAGCUGGCGGCGCUGGAGCGCGAGCAGCGCGCCGUGGACGCGCGCGCCAAGACGCUGGAGACCAGGCUGCGCGCCGUCAUGGACGCCGGCCGCGACCCGCACGAGGAAGACCGACUUAUGUCCCAGUGGUUCAACUUGGUGAACAAGAAGAACGCACUCCUGCGCAGGCAGAUGCAACUUAACAUACUUGAACAAGAAGAAGAUCUAAGUCGUCGUUGCGAGCUGCUCGCCCGCGAGCUGCGACUGUCGCUCGGCGUCGACGAGUGGCGGAAAACGCCCGGACAGAAGAGAAGGGAGAGGUUGCUGUUGCAGGAACUCCUGUCCGCUGUUAACGAGAGAGACAGACUCGUUCAAGAGAUGGACGAGCAAGAGAGAGCGAUAGCAGACGACGACGAGAUCGAGAGAAACCUCUCUCAAGUGGAAAUACAGAGAAAAAACAACUGCAUACUGCAAUAAGACAAACUUUCGAAACGAAAUCAAAUGCUGCAUCGUUAAUGAUAAAGUUUAUGCAAAAACCAUAUAUUUGCCCGUGAUAAAGUUUGAGUUGUGUUUACAAAAGUGCUACGUAUUAUGUCUACAGCGAAUAAGGUGAAGUUUUUACGUAAGUAAAGCCAUUUUUUCUCAGUAUACAGUUCGGGUAUACAUUUUUAUUAAUAUACUAUGGGUACUAAAAUGUAUUGAAAUUAUGUAUUCCUAUUUAGGCAUAAAAUUAUUAUCUUUUUGAUCUUAAAUUGACAUGAAACUAUUGUGGUAUAUUUAAAGUCCAGACAAAUUGAGUGAUAAGUAAACUCGUUAUUUAUAGUUUUUUGUCCCAUUCUUUCAGGAAAUUAUGUAAGAGUAAAAGAGAAAAAAAUCGAUAAAAAUAGUGGAUUUCGUUUUUUCUUGUAUAUUGUAUAAUUAUCAUUACGAUAAAUUGAUAACAUCUCUACAUUUCCAUAUUUAUUUUGGAUGAUCAUAAAUUAAGACGACUUUUUACCGUCAAAUUACUCAUUCGUUCAUUGGUAAGUGAAAAUAUUUGUGCGUAGUAAAUAUAUAAAACAAAUUGCCCUUUAUUUUUUUUUGUCUGGACUUUAAAUGCAAUAAUUUUGCAUGACGUAGUUUGUACCUACCAAUGUAACGUACGGACGAAAUAUAUCUGUAUACAUUAUAAUGAAUUUAACAAUUGACUGGAGCAAAUUAUUAAUUGUAAUUUAUAUAUUGGAAGUGACUCGUUUAUAAAAUUAUUUAUUUUAGUAAAUUGUGGAGUGUGUAAGGCUUUUUAAUUUAAUCCAAUUGUUUGAUGAGAUUCCAUAUUCGCUAUAAAAAAAAAAUUAUAUGUACGUAUCGGCGUACCCAGCAUUUAGCCCACGGGUGGGCAGGGGGCUAAAUCCCAGUUUUGGUCGGUGUAGGGCAAAUCAUGAAAUUUUAUAAGUAAUUCUAACGAUUCAAUUUAGCACAUAUAACUGUGCGUAGGCAAAGAUUGAGGAGUCAGGAGAGGCAGCUGGACUCCUCUGUACUCCCCUGGGUGCGCCCAUGUGUCUCAGAAAUAUCUUUAAUGAAUUGUACUCGCUGCUGGUCUCCCCUUUUGAAGGUACAAGCGUGAGGAUAUGUGUAGAAUUUAGGCAUUAUAGGAUUUAGACAUUUUUUUUUAUUUUUGCGAAACUUGAGAUUUAUUUUUAGAAUGAAAUUUACAUUUUAGUUGAUUUGUAAAAAAAAAUACACGACGUAUUUCCCAACUUGUAUCGCUUUUAUAUUUUUAUUUUAUAACAACGGCUAUUGUGACAUUUCAUUAUAAUAAAACCAUGUAUUAAUAGUUGAUUGAAAUAUUGAUUGUUUUUAUUAUUUGAUUAAAUUAAAAAUGCCUUAAAAAUAAUGUGCUUUAAAAUAUUGUCGCAUCCAGACGCUUACUGUCAUUAUAAUUUCUAAUUUACGAAAAAAGAGAAAAAUGAUUAAAAAAUAAAAUUGAACACAAAAAUAAAUAUGAGGUUUUUUGUAAGCGUUUUUUCCAAAAUCGCUAAAAACUUGCUUACAAUAAUCACAAUAUAAAAGGAAAAAAUAAAAAUGUAUAGUCAUGUAAAGAUGUGAACAACUUAAGGAUAGCCAACUUCAAUAACAUAAAUAAAUAAGUGGUAUAUUAAUUAUGUUGGGUACACACUUGGUUAUGUUGAUUACAGAAAUGUUGUGAAAUAUUCAGUGGUGACUCACAUGAAUCACUUUAGGUGUAGUGCCAUUUUGGUAUCGCACUGAAUACUUUUUAAGAGAAUUUCACAAAUAAAUUAAAAAAAUCACGGAAUCAACCUAUUUCAAACUAAUGCCUAUUUCGAUGGCUCCUAAGUAAACUAUUGUAUCUGAAAAAAUAGGUGAUAUUCACUUUUUUAACAUUUCGUUAUCUUGAUACUGUUUACUAAGUAAUCCAGCAGGUUUGUAAAUGAUUUUAUUGAAGAUUUUUUCAGUUUAUUAACUUUUGAAUUAAAUGGGUUUGGUAGUAAACAGUAUCUUAAUAAUGAAACUAUAAAAAGUGAGUAUAGCUAUUUUUUCAGAUAAGAUAGUUUACUUAGAAGGCAUCGAUUUAUGUUAUUGAAGUUGACUAAACAAGUGGCAGUGAUGCCACAUCGCGAGCGGCGGAUAAUACUCAUUACAUUGUUUCCUACAAUUAUUUUUUAUACAUAGAGUAGUUUAGCAUUUUAUCUUUGUACUAUAGUCGCGUUGCUCGAUAUUGUAAUAAUCGAUAUCGAUCGGAAGUUAUAAUCAAUUGUCAUGUUAGUUUUUAAUAUGCUUGUUCAUUUGGUGUUAGGUUUUAUUCGAUAUUUCGAAUGAUUUGAUAAAACGUAUUGUGAAAGUCUACUUCGAUUAAUAAAUCGAUUAUAAUUAUAUCGAUCGAUAUCGACACACCAUAUAGUAUAAGAAUUUGCCAUAAAUUAUUGCUUUUUAACAAAAUAAAUUUAUAGAAAACCACUAUGUCAAAACCCUGCUUAUAUUUAAUAAGUCAUCGGUCAACUCAGACCAAUUUAGUCACUAUGUCAAAGGUAUAAAGUGUAAAGUUACUUGGUUCUUUAAAUCCCAAUGAAUAAAUAGCAUUGUACUUACCACAAGGUGUAUUUUAACGUCAGAAUAAAGAAAUUGAUGUCUAUCGUGUGUAAAAUAGAACUUAGUGACUUUAUCUUUAACUGCGUAAGAUAUUUAACUGAGUCUUUCGCACUAUUUCAGACGGCUUAUGAGUCACCGGUGAUACCAAAUUUAAUUAUUGCCGAUCUGAUAUAAAAUAGUAUAUUUAUAGUAUCAAAAUUUUUAAGCAAUUCAAGUUCAUGAGUCACCGGUGAUCCAUAAUUUGUAACGGCCAGAUUCUAUUACCCGACUUCGUUCCAGCUAUAGUAUAGACGACCUCCUUCCAUUUUCAUAUUUCCCGUUAGUGUUCAUGGAGGUGACCUCGGCUCUCGUAUCUUCCCUAAUGACAAAGUCAACGCUUGAUAGUUAAUGUGUUAUAAUAAUGUAGGAUAAUGUGGGGUCGGAUGUUUUCAUAAAAUAUCAGUUAUGUGCUAUUAGAAAGAAAAUUUCUUGCAUCGAAAUUGAAUUUUGUAAUUUUAAACAAUUCUGUUUUUCCAGAACGCAUAUCUAUUUUCGGUGUAGGCUGACAGAUCGAUUACAACUAACGUGUGAUACAUUAACUUUGUUUUCGAUUUCUCGUCAGUCGACACUAACUUACCCCCUUAUUCAUAGACAUUAUUUAUCUAAGGAAGGAGUAUAGCUGUGAUAACAAGUCUGUUUCUCAGUGCUGACGGCAUGGCAGCCUCCGCAGUGCGUAGAUAUAGGGCCGUUGUGAUUGACUAAUGUUUUUGUAUCUCAAUAUUAGCCACUCACAACGGCCCUAUGUCUACGCACUGCGAAGGCUUAUACUAUUGUACUUGGUUUUUGUUGUCACAUAGCUGUUCAGGAGAAAAAUGUCUAUUUCAUAUAGUACUGAUAUUUUAUUAAAAUAAUCGAUACUAUUAAUAAGUAAAUAUGUCUAUAAAUAACUGCAGUGUUCUACAACCACGUCUAGUGUUAAGAUUGUAGAUGGCUUAAUUUUUUAAUUUUUAGUUUUACCAAAGAAAUAUCGCUUUUUAUGACACGUAAAAUCCCCGUUCAAUCAGUAAACAGUGAUAAAAGAAGUACAAUUUGCCAUAGUUUUUGUUUUAUAAUCCUAUUUUUUAGUAGGUUUUUGAUUUGUGCAGAUAAUUUUGACCUUUUCCACGCGGACGUUAAAACACGUCUGACGUAUACUGACGUUUGUUGAUGUGUUAUGACGUCAUACUAGCGUUGAAGUCUCGAUAAUAGGUUAUUUUACUCAUAUAUUUUUAUUAAACUACGAUAAAAAUCAGGUAAAAAAGCAACAUGAUAACCCUUUGGAAUCCGAUGAAAAGGCUAAAUGGCAAAAAAUGAUGAAAAGAUGCAAUAGUAUCUUGUGACGUCAUCAGGAAUUGCAAUGUGCGCAAACAAAUAGCGCGCUAUGAACACUUGCACAUAUUUAGAAAUAUGGAUUACCACUCCAUUUUUAAACCAAUUUUAUUGUUGGUUUCACAAAAGUCUUGUGUUUCGUUUUAUUUGUUGUUAAUAACAUAAUUAUCAAAAUCGAAUGUAGUAAAAUACCCUGAUUAUCAGUUUAUAAAAUGACGUCUCUAUACGUCCUCGUGGGAAAUUGAAUGGAAAAUGUUUUUAAAAUGAAUAAUGUAAAUAGCGUUUAGUUGCUAAAUAAAUAUUUAUUUGUGGAUUUUUUAUUUUUAAACGUCUUGCCUACGUUACGUUUAGUUUUUAUACAUAAAGGUAAGUACACAUAAGGUACAGUCAGCGGUAAAUAUUAAGUUUUGUGCGGUAUUUGGCAUAUUUGCAAUUAUAAAAAUUGUAUAUCGACUUGGAAGUAAUUUUGAUCAUCCUAAUUACGAAGAAGUUCAACAAAAUAUUUCUUAUGUCAUUGUUUUUAACCAUAAUGUUAUUUCCGUAUUAUUUAUAACUAAUGUAUUAAAUUAUUUAUAAAAAAGCAUAUCGUUCAGGAUACAUAAUACUACUUUCUUUUUUUUAAUUAUUUAACAAAAGAGGUUAAAUACAAGCAAAAGACUUAAACAUUGUCAUUUUUGUAAAUAAAGCAUUUUAACGAGUUAGCAACACAACAAUAUAAUUAAAAUGUAUAGACGAUUUUAAACUAACUCUAACUGUAAUUUUCUUAUUGAGUCUAACCAGGUUAAUGAGAAAAAAAGUUUGGGAAUUAUAUAAAAUGGUCCAAAUUUGGACUUACCAGGUUAAUGUGAAAAAAAGUUUGGGAACUAUAUAAAACGGUUCAAUUUGAUAAAUCACAUUGCCUUAAUUAUACCUUACUCGAUCAAAAUAAACGCUGGCUGUACUCAAAAUGAAGUAGUUUUACAAAUUUCAUUAUCUUCUAAGAUUAUGCGCGGCAGGUGCUAAAUUUGGUAGAGGGGCGACAAUUCGCUAACUAAAUGUGCAAUUUUAAAUAUAUUACAAUUGUUACGACUGAUUUAACUAAUAUCCAAUGUAUUCAUGAAAUUGGGUGUCUUACUGUUGAGUAUUUAAGGUUUAAAUUUCAGUAUUCGUACCAAGGCUAUUUUUUAAUGUUUAAUUUCAAGAUUAUAGUCUUACCCCCUUAUUCAUAGACGUUUUUUAUCUAACGACCGAGUAAGGCUGUGAUAACAAGUCUGUUUCUUAGUGCUGACGUGACGUGUGCAUGGCAGUCUUCGCAGUGCGUAGACGUAGGACCGUUGUGAUCGGCUAAUAUUGAAAUACAACAAUAAUAACCAAUCACAACGGCCAUAUGUCUAUUUCUCAGUGCCGUUAGGCACUGAGAAAUCACAGCUUUACUCCGUCCUUAGAUAAAAAACGUUUAUGAAUAAGGGGGUAAGACGUUGGCACUGAUAACCGAUGGGAAAUAAUUUGAAUGUUGUGUUCCAUAUUAAAGGACGGUCAGCAUAAAAAUCAAGGUUUGUAACUUAGUUGGCGUUCUGCGUAUAGCUUGUAUAUACGUUUAAAUAGGCCGGAAUAAUUGUGUUGACUGCCGAGGGUUAUUUUUUUAUAGGGGCCCGACUAAGUGACCCAACUGCACCUGAUGGUAAGUGAAGUCUAAUGUCGACUGACGAGAGAUGAUUAUCCCUCGUAAGUUGUAUGUUGACAUUCUGUCUGGACCCCACUCUUACCAUCAGGUGAAUGAGGUCACUGUUGUGCCAGUAUAAAAAAUAAUUUCAAUAAGAGUAACGAAGUGCGGGACACUGAAGAUAUUUCGUUAUUCAGUUAAUAAUACUAUGACUGCUCAAUUAAGUUUUUUUAGUCUUUUCUAUUAUUGAUAUUAGUCUCUUAAAUUCUAGAAGGUUAUCAGUGCCUGCGUAACUGGAUAUAGUCAUUGUGAUCUAAACAAAGCCUAAAAUCGCUUGAAUUGUUUUUAAUUUUUUUUUUACAGUUUGAAUUGAUUUCUUAUUUUAAAUUGAAUAAACAUGUAACUCUCUUUAUUAGCAAUAUUUAAUUGGAAAAAUAAUAUUACAGAUAAAAUUAAUUAUGACAGUAACAAAAGUUAUGUGGAAAAUCGAUGUAUAGUCAGAUACAAAAGUAGCUGAAUCAAAUCAAAAUUUCAAAUCGCCUUUAAACUUUUGUGUUCGUAUCAACAAUCAUGUUUUCCUCACUGAAAUAAACUUCAAAAGGUUUACUUUGUAUGAUAUUUACAGAAAACGGAAUAUUUCGACUAAAGUUAAAGUGAAGGAGUGUUUUAAAGUUUUUAAUUUGUUCAGCUUUUCUGAAUGACUGUAUAUGGCUUGAGUCUUUAUUUAAGGCGUGCAAAGGCAAAAAGCUUAAUGUAUUUAAUUGCCAGUACAUUUCGUAGUUUAUUCACAAGACACUAAGUAUGUUUAGUGGGGGUCAUACACAACUUACUACGGCUUAUCUUUCAUAUUGUACUUCAGCUCUUAAUGACAUCAAUUUGGUCCCUAAUAAGACUAAUAAAUAUAAUAUAGUAUACCAUACGGUAACAUAGUGCCAGAAAAAAUUAUAAUAAAAAAAAUAUACAAUGCAGCCAGUGUAACUACUGGACAUAAUAAGACUUAACAUCUCAUGUCUCAGGAUGGCGAGCGCAGUGGAAUACCAAACAGUACUUGGUAAUUCAAGGUGUUGGAUGGUAUUUCUACUGUUUAUGGGCGGUCGUAUCGCUUACCAUCAGGCGAACGACAAGCUCGUCUUGCCAUUCAAAGCAAUAAAAGAAAGGAAAUAUAAUCAAUACAUUAACUGGUCAUGUCUAGUCGAAAGUAAAAUUCACUGCCUAUUUCGGGGUAAAGUUAUUCAAGUAUAAAAGGUAAUUUGUGUGUGAUCUCUAAUAUUUCGAACCAAUAAAUAUUGAACAAAACGUACACAAAAAAAAGGGUGUAAAUGGUAUUGAAGACUAAUUUAAAUGGUGGUUUGUCAUUUUAUAUUCCAAAUUUAUUGGUUCGGAUUGAAAGGGGCGUUUGAACGAGCGAUAUUGUAAUGUGUAACUGAUAUUGGAAUGUCUUUGCGUAAUGAUAUGAUAUGAUCUUAUGUUUUAGAAUGUAAUACACUGAAAUAAAACUAUUUAAGGAUUUUAUCACGGUUUUUUAUAUUAUAAUUUUCUCCGCACCUUUCGAAGACUUUACAACCUUCAUGGUCAUGGACGGACUCAGCCCCACUCAUACACUGAACUAAAAAAACGCCAUAAAAUCCGAAAAAUAGUUUUAUUUCAAUGUCUAUUGUUCAGUUAUGGCCAGUAUAAUUGUCAACGUUAUUUAACAAUUUCUCUUUUGUACCAUCUCUAUUACUUUAAUGUCGAUUCCAAGGUUUGACAGAACUCAUUAUCCUGGCAGUUUUAUCUAUGCGCGGAAGUUUUAAAAAUAUUCAGAGAAGGAAAAAAAAUUGUAAACAAAGAAAGUUUUCUUUGCAAAUGUUUAGACUUGUCAAUAGAGUUAAUUGAAAUAUAGGUAGAUAUUUACAUUUAAUUUUGUUCUUCGGCAAGUUAUAGCAUCAAUGAUUCGCCUGCCUAACAAUCUUUGCUAUUAAUAGAAUGGUAUCACCUAAACCAAUACGGCCACACAUUGCAGUAAUUGCUCGUAAAAGUUGUUAUUCCAUAGCUAAUUGCAGACAAUAGCAUUUUAAUAAUCUAUACAAAUUAUAACGAGCUCGUCACUAUGAGGGCAAUAUAAGUCAGGAUAAACAUCAGUUUAUAGUUUAGCGUCACGGUUUGCACUUUGCGAAACCUGUCCGCAAUUUGCGACUGCAGUCCGCAUUUUGCGACUGCAGUGUGGAUUUUGCGAUUGCAGUUUUGAUUUUAAGGCUUUGUUCUGCGUUCGGCCACGAGAUGGCAAUUUUUGUAAUCCCUGAAGUAGUCAAAUGAAAUGAGGGUAGUGAAGCAUGUUGUUUGAAGCCGCCAUAAUGUGUGUACUUGUGUAUCCGCGCUGUUUAAUGUAUAAAUAUCGAUAAUAAAGCGACAUUGUAC